GCACCCUUGCCUGGCAAGAGUGUUUGCCCUUGACGAUCGAGACACAUUUCCACUUUGGCCGGUGGUUUAUUCCGACACUUUCACGGACGAUGGAUCUAUUUUUUGUCGUGGUUGUCUUAGUUGGUAUGUUCAAUGUGUAGCUAUAAGUAGCAUUUUUUGCAGGGGGAUUGAGGCUCUUGCGGAAAUAUAUUGAGGGCGGGCGUUGCCACAGCAAAGCUCGUCUGAUUGGAAAGACGGUCCUGGUCACAGGCGCAAACACUGGUAUAGGCAAGGAGACGGCUCGUGAUCUGGCUAGAAGAGGUAGGAACCGGCUGAAUUGGAUCAAAUAAUCAAAUAUAUUACACGUGCACCUCAUCCCAGGGCUCUGUCAGAUUAAAUAUUAUAUAUUACAUGUAAAUCAUUAUAGGAGCUUCCCGCAUCACUUUUUCCAGAACACAGGAGUGAGUUUUCACUUCUAUGUUCAUUACUUAUCACUUCAUUUGAGGAGAACUGAAUCAGAUUGAAUAAUCAAACAGUUUUUAUUAAAAUCAAAUUACACGGCAAUGCUUCAAUGCUUCAAAUACCUGUUGCUCUGUUGAACAAUUAUCCAGAGUAGGAUCGUAAAGUUGAAAUCGUAACUACGAAUUAGUAAUAAAAACCAUCAGUUUUAAAUUAUUCUUUCAUUGUAUUGCACCUAGGAAUAUUCCCAUCGGAAAAGGUUUAAUCGAUAAUUGAUCAAAUAUUCGAAUUUUCAAAACAUACCUAUUUUGAGGGAGCAAACAUCUUUGGAACACUUUCGAAAUCGACACAUCUCUUUCGAUAUCGUGGUCAUCGUGGUUUUAGACUUUUUUGAAAUAUAUGUCGAUGAUCGUGGGCAGCAUGCGUUCAACUGUCUACUCGAACAAAAUGAGAUACUUCAAAAGUACGCUUUCCAUGACGAAGUAUAUACAGCUUCUCAUUGAAUUUUAAGUCAAUCGAUGCUGAAAAGUACUGUAAUAACCAUCUGUGCAUGUGUUUUUGUUGUUUGUUUGUUGGUUGGUUGGGGGGGUAUUUGGGGUGUUGGGGUGUUUGUUUGUUUGUUUUUUUGGGGGGGUUUGCUAAUUUUGUAGGUGCUCGCGUGAUCCUAGCAUGUCGAGAUACCGCUAAGGCUGAAGCUGCAGCAGUGGAAAUUAGUAAAACCACUGGCAGUAACAACCUGCUGGUGGUCAAGCUGGACUUGGCUUCCCUGGCCUCUGUGAGAGAGUGCGCAAAGAAGAUCAAAGCAGAUGAAUCGAGACUGGAUAUCCUCAUCAACAACGCAGGAAUCAUGAUGUGUCCUGAGUGGAAGACCGAGGACGGGUUUGAGAUGCAGCUCGGUGUCAACCAUCUGGGUCACUUCCUCCUCACCAAUCUUCUGUUGGAUCUCAUCAAAUCCUCCGCUCCGGCCCGCAUCAUUAACGUCUCCUCCAUCGGCCAUCAGUGGUUUGGCAAGAUGUGUUGGGACGACAUCCACAUGAGGAGCAAUUACGAUCCUGUCGCCGCCUACGGGCAGAGCAAGCUUGCUAACGUGCUUUUCACAAGGGAACUUAGCAAACGUCUGAAAGGGACUGAGGUUUCUGCUUAUGCUUUGCACCCUGGCAAUGUGGAGACCGAGCUCAGCCGCUACAUGCUAGAUGCUUUGAAUUUACCCUGGAGGAUUAUUAGCAGGUUCAUGGCAACACCAUUCGGAAGGUUCAUGUUGAAAACCCCCGAGCAAGGAGCUCAGACGACCAUCUAUUGCGCAGUGGCGGAAGAGCUGAGCGACACAAUUGGCCUGUAUUUCAGUGACUGUGCCCCUGCCAAUACCAGUAAGCUAGCUCAAGACGAUGAUUCGGCACGUCGAUUGUGGGAACUCAGCGCAGAGAUGGUCAGUCUGGAGAAGAAGAUGGAGUAAAAUGGAAACGGCUUUGGCGCAGGGUAAUUGUAAAGGGAGCUGAAUCUUGUGGUGCAUAAAUUUGAAACCAUUUUACAGUAAAAGUGGUACACUGAAAUAUUAGGAAAUAAUGAAAAAAGCAUGUAAAUAAUUCCACUGUCUAAUUUUGCGGCCAGCAGUUAGAAAAUGUAGCUCAAGUUCAACUUUAUGGCAGCUAAAUUCUUAAUUGUAUCCAGAGGUUGAGUGCCAUGAUUUCGCACCUGAGAUUAAAACCGCAGAAAGUAUUCAUUAAGAUCAGUCCCCCAUUCACGAAACUCGUUAGGACAGAUUUUGUAUGUUUUGCAGUGUGUGUAGUUGAUUGCGUCUGACGCGCUAAAAUGCACGGAGCUCCCCAAAGCAGACUUAAAUUGCUUACAAGGGCUGCCGCACAUCUAGCUCCCCAGACACUGCUUUGAAGAAUGUUCGUCAUUAGCUGUAAAUAAGUAUAAGGAGUCUUGAAUAUCCCUCAAGAAACUGCUCGCAAUAUUCGUGUUUAAGCCUAGAUUGAGUCAAGGCAGAAUCUGAAACUGCGUAGCCAUGGCUAUUAGUUUUGAUUUGCAUUUUCAUCAGUUAGCGUAAUGAUAAUGUCCGUGUUUCUACUUACGUGCGUUUGGUGAGAAUAGCACUAUAUACACAGGAACUAUAGCUGUGACAUUAAAACUGUCGCGGAAACUUCUGCACCUGUUAGUUCAGUUCAAUAAGUAAACUAUAGAGGUUAUUAGUUUGGAGUUCACUUAUACGUCAAUGGGUUGCUGAUAAUGAGAAAAAUGUUUCAGUUCAGUAGCGUCAGGGAGCGAGCACAGGGAAUUAUGACUGUUUUCCUACAAAACGAUGGAUUUGUUAAUAUGCGUAGUCAUAGACAGGCGUAUUUAGAUAUGCUUGAUUUUUCACAUUUGCCUCUUUGUUCAGCAAGCGAUAAAUAUUUCAAUUACAGUUGUGGGACUACAUUUGCAUUUUGCAAAUGUAUAAUUUGAAGAGAGAGUAACAUAGGGUACUACAUUGGUGGCAAAUGUGUACAUUUUGGUAACGAGAUACAGAAAUAUCUGUCCGCAGUUCUGUCAAUUACAGUAUUAAAGCUGCAGGUUUCUGGAUAGGACACUCAGUUGUAAGUUGUAUUUUAACCCGAGUUCCUUGAAGAAUGUUGAAGUUUAGUAUUUAUUGUGAACGUUCGAGAUGAAUUAUGACAAGACAAAGACUUGCUGAAAAUGAAGACUUAAAAUAAUACUUUUUCAUUAAUCAUUAUCUGCAUAAACAUGACAACAAAGCACAAACUUGAAUAGCAGUACAGUGAAGAAUAUUAAAACAAAAUUGCUGGAAAAAUAAGUGUAAAUUUUUCCUAGCUUCAUCAAAGUAUUCACUUAAUUUCAAUGGUAUUUAUGUAGAAAGACUGUACUCGGUUUCAAAUGAACU